AUGCCGGAUUUUCCUGUGAACCCCAAACCGUUUCUACAACAGCAGAUCGGGAAAAAGGUGCUCGUUCGCCUUAAGUGGGGCUUAGAGUACAAGGGAUUCCUGGUCAGCACAGACAACUAUAUGAACUUCCAGUUGGCAAAUACGGAGGAAAUUCAAGAUGGGAAGUCGAAUGGUACGCUUGGUGAAGUCUUCAUCCGGUGCAACAAUGUUCUAUACUUGCGCGAAUUGGGCGACGAGUAA